AUGGAUCUUGUGUCCAGUUCCCUGAAGGAAGGCAUGCGAGGCCUCUUCAUCGCAGCCGAGGGGAGAUCCCUUCUCUCUGACUCUUCGUUGUCUCCUCCCGAGAAAGGUUUACUGAGAUGGGUGAAUAUUGCUGCCAUAGAAGCCCCAGGUGAUGGCCUAUGGAAACUUGAGUUCUCAGGAUCGUGGACUUCGCUAGGGCUGCGAAUCCUGCGACCGCUGUGGCCGGGAGUAUCCUUCAACCUCUUGGGCAGAACUGUUCGAAUAUCUUGUCUCAAGAAGCCGACAGUAUUUGAUUAUGAAGGUGAAGCUACCCAUCUGAAGGAGACCAACGGCUAUGCAGCAGACAUUGCGAGGGAGAUACAACAGCGACUGAAUUUCACAGAUAUUUUGGUUCGUAGCGACGGAUUCGGGGCAUUUGCUGAUGGGAAGUGGAAUGGAAUGGUUGGAGAUCUCUAUGAGAAGAAGGCAGACGUGUCCCCAACAGAUUUCACUCCCAUCUGGCAGCGGACCCUUGUGAUUGACUUCGGUCUCUCCUACGGCACUGAUCCCGUCGUCAUCAUCUCAAAGGCACCGAGUGUUUACAUGAAGCCUCUCCUUCUACUGGAGAUAUUUACGCUUGACGCCUGGGUUUGCAUCAUGGGCAUCGGCCUGGUAGCUGGGGCAGCCACUGGAGCUCUGAUGAAAAUCAAACAGGCGCUCGGUCAUCCCUCAACCGGUGUUGUUUUGGGUCCUCUGGCUUACGCAGCUGGGUACAUGAGUGUCAUCGUCUCCCAGCCAAGCGACGAGGACUGUUGGACCUCUUGGAUCGGAGGUCAGGUUAUAGGAGGCUGCGUCAUGUUCUUCUCUGUUGUUCUGGGGUCACUCUACAAGAGUUUAGUGACAGCCUUCCUGGCCAUUCCUUUCAGGUCCCAACCCAUAAAUUCACUGGAGGACAUGUUAAGAAGGAACGUUAUUCCAGCUAUCAGGCUUUUCAGUAGCCCGUACAGUUUCUUCUUGACAGAGAACUCUGGAAAAGUAGGAGAAAGAGUUCGCAACAUUAUGGAGACGUUCAGCGGUAUUGAGGUUUCGGAAUGGAAGUUCAUGAAGAAAGUGGCGGAUGGCACCUAUGCUUGGAUAGAUACGGCUAGUUCUGCCAUUGGAAGCAGCAACCAGUUUGAGGCCAUCGGGAAACCAUGCUUGUAUUACGUGGCCCAUAAUCCUGUCCGAAUAGACCUUGAUGCCUUUGCUUAUCCUAAAAACAGCAUUGUAAAGUAUCAAUUUGAUGAAAUGUAA